AUGGAGGCAGAGAGUCCGAAGGAGAGGGUGCAAGGUGUGUCUGGAGAGAGCUGGGAUCCAGAGCGCGGUGUGAAGGAGAGGGAGGAUACGUCCUCGAAGAAAGGAAAGGGUGUGGACAUACCCCAGGUUCUGGUGUCCCAGUCGUGUGCUGCUAGAGAGUGUGCAAAGGAUGAAAUCAGAAAGUUUACCAAAGUUCCUGUGGAGAUAGACACGGUUGGAGGAAAGCCAUUAGUGUUCAUGAUGUGGGCAUCUGAGGAGAAGCCUGUGCACAGAAAAAGGCUCCAUGCCGAGGCGUCUAGAGAUGUCUUCGGAUGUGAAUCCUGCGAAGAGGUGUUCGACUCCUUCAAGAAGCUUCAGCUUCACAAGGCCCAGCACAAAGGUACCUCCACAGAGCCUAGCAAUUCUCUCUUUUGCCCUGUUUGCAAGAAGACAUUUGAUGAGAAGCGCAAGUUGAUGCUUCACUCCAGGUAUCAUAAGAUAGAUAAAGAUGGCCGAUGA